ACAGCCUCUGGAGUUCACGGAGAGGGGAUGGAGGAGAACACGGGUGGGAAGGGCUGUCAAAGACCCAGGCCAAGGGAAAUGGGGCGGAAGGAGAUGGGGCAGGGAAGACACAUGGUAGGGUGGCUGGUUGUUGCAUUGGGACAGGGAAACUGACUCUCCCCAUAGAUGCCAUGGGGGUGGAGAAAGGAGACAGAUUAUGUUGGUUCCCGGAUAAUUUCGGGGGGUGGGGUGUUGUUUCCCAGCUGGGAGCUGAAGGGCAUUGGGGGAUGACAGUUCCACAAACUGUGUAUGCAGAUGUCAGGCUGUGGGGGAGGUCCCUGGGUCAAUUCUUAGACUCACCUUUCCCACAGUGCCUCCCUCAGGCCGAGCUUGGAGUCUGCCUGCCUGGCUCUCAACUCGUGGUCUAGGGACCGUGGCAGGUCCACAGACUGGGGCUGUGUCAGAGUUUUAUCUCCAGAUGUUACACUGCUUUAGUUAAACUGCUGUUGCAUGGUCAUGCUGUGCUUCUUGUGUCAGCAGCAUGCAUCCACGUUACCAGCUCUUGUCUUGCAUCGACAGAGAGAGCCAUGUGAUGUAGGCAGUGUGACCGGUUCGAUCACAGAGGUCUCCUUGGGGCUGUUCCCUGGCAUGCUGAUCAUGCCACCAAGCCCCUCCCCCAGUGUGUCCUGCAAAAGCUCAAAGGCACAGAGUUCGGGGAACAGCUUCCUUCCCCCCCACGCCCUCCGCAGCAGAGUAACACACUCAGAAUCAGCUCUGCUAUAGGGCUGGUGACAAUUUCACUAUGUGAAUCUCUUUUCGAAGUAGGCAUGUACGUGAAAUAGCUGGUACUUCUGGUUAUGCGAUUUCUAUGCAAGUAUCACCUUGGUAUCUGAAGUUAUGACUAUUACCUGCGUUUUACUAAGUGUUUCCUCCUGUGGUAACACCCAGAAGGUAUUUAACCAACACAGGCAGGGACAAGUCAAGUUGAAUGGUCCAUUAAGGAAUACUUAGCUUAACAAUGGACUGGAAAUCACCUGUCUAUACUAAAUGGACUUUUCCUGUGAAUGUUCUAAGUAGAAUAAUGGAUAGGAAAGGACAUGUAACUUGCAGUGUCUGACUCCAAACACCAUCUUUCACAGUAGGAACAGAUUUUCCUUCACUCGACAUAAGCUAAAAGGCCCUGGAAACGUCUCCAUUUUGCCUCUUUUCUGCUCAGGCCUCUUUCCUGCUCCAGCCACUGGACUAAGAAUAUAUACUAAUGACAGCAUUCUGACCAAAGGAGCUGAGGACUUUCUAAUGAUUUGGAAGCAACCCAGGACCAGCUACAAACCUGAAAUUCACAAUCCCAGUGGCUGGGCUCGAACUUUCAGCCUCCCUCCCAACAGGUAAAGCAGCUGCAUUUCCACUAGGUAGCUCUACAACAAAUUUCACUCUGACCUACCUAACUACACUUCAUUCAUAUGCUGCUGUUGCAUGGGGCAGAAAUAAAAGAUCUGGGCAGAUAGUGAAAUUGAAGACUGUCAAAUUGAGAAACCAAAUUUAGCUAAGGAGUUAGGUGUUUAUUAAGUGGCUGUUGGAUUAAUGAGGGCUGAUCACAAAGUCAAAGCAACAAAUGUUAAAAAUGUUCAAGCGCAAAGCUGAGGAUGGAUGUGAAGAAAGUAGGACCUCUAAAAAAAUGGCAAAUGAGUCACCAACACAGCACGAAGCCACAGCAAGUCCAAUUAUAAAACUGGAGGAGGGCAUGAUUUCUGCUGAAUCGCAGGGUGACCCUACUGAUGAAAAGCAAUAUCCAGUUGUGUGGUCCAGGGUUCAAUAUGAGGAAUUCCAAAGGAAAAAUGAUUGGUUGUUUGCGUCCUAUGGAAAGCUGGGUUGUAGAACGUGUAGACACGUUUCCAACUUCAAGCUUUUCUCUGCUCGAGGGCGGGGUGUGAACAUUGCUUCUCAGUGGUCUGAAUGUCAGAUUUCCUCUUUUGGAAAAACUAGAAAAACACAGCUCACGUCACUUCGAAAAAAAAUUAUCGAACACAAGAAUUCAGCGGCUCACACUGAAGCAACAAAACUUUUAGACGCAGCUAAGAGAGACAGUCUGAUCAAAGCAAAAAAUGAAGAAUUAGCACUUGUAACCACUGCUCGCGUGUUCAGGACAGCUUACUACAUCGCGAAAAUGAAUCGGCCAUAUACUGACCACAAAAGCCUGAUUGACCUGCAAAAAGUGAAUGGGGUUGAGAUGGGGCGAUUGCUUCAAAGCAGAACUGUCUGUGGUGAUAUCAUAGAGCAUGUCUCUUUAGAAAUGAAGCAAAGAAUCGUCUCGAGGAUAAUCGAGGCCAAAUCCAAGAUCACUGUACUAGUUGAUGAAUAUUCUACUCUUGCUCGAAAAUCUACUCUUAUAAUUUUUUUAAAAGCCAGUGUUGAUGGUGUGAUGAAUCCAGUAGCUUUUCCUUUGGAUUUAAUUGAGUUAGACAACACAUCGGUUGAGAACAUAAAGCAAGACAUAAUCAAUUGCUUGUUGCACUAUGGAUUCACUAAGGAAUUACUGACGGAGGCCUUUGUCAGUUUUUGCAGUGAUGGUGCAAACCUCAUGCUUGGAGCCAAAGCUGGGUUGGGCAAACUCCUACAAAAAGACUUCCCAAAUCUCAUUCUGUGGCAUUGUCUUAACCAUAGACUUGAAUUGGUGGUUGAUCAAGCACUGGAUAUCACGGGGGGUACAAACGAUUUCAGGGCAUUUUUAGACAGCUUGUAUUCACUGUGCAGUCAAUCACCAAAAAACGCCUGUGAGCUCAGGGCACAUGCAAACGAACUGCAUGUUAUACUUAAAAAAAUAGGCCGAGUUUUCAGUGUACAAUGGGUAGCUUCAACGUGGAAAGCUGUCAAUGCAGUCUGGCAGACUUACCCAACAUUAGCUAAAUAUUUUGAGGAAGCCUCGCGGGACCAAUCGAGGGAUGGAAGGGAACGAGAAAAAUUCCAGGGUCUCCAUUCAAAACUGUGUUCGGUCCAGUUUGUGAAAAAUCUCUCAUUAAUGUUAGAUGUCUUAACAGAGCUCAAGAAUUUGUCCGAACUUUUACAAGACCAAGAACUGAUGAUCCCCAAAGCAGACAACCUGAUGAAAGUGUAUUUGCAGAGAAUCGACAGCUUGAGGAGAAUCUCUGGAUUGCACACUAAACAAGCACAGCAAGCCGAAGAGGCGAUGAUGUUCAAGAACACAAAGUUGACUGCUGCCAGAGAAAGUCCCAUCAUUAACCCGUCACAAUUCAUUCAGGCCGUGGUUGACAACAUCAGAUGCAAGUUAUUCACCAGCACCGCUACUCAAAGCCCAGCAGCAAGCAAUGAAAUUGCUGACCAGAAUCUGCUUGAGAAUGUGUCUGUUUUGAAACCCGAAACAUGGCAGCAACACGCAGAAAAUCCCUGGUUUGGAGAAACCGAAAUCCGGGCAUUAUGCGAAACUCUGAAAGUUGGUCACCAUGAAUCACACUUGGGAUUUGUAGAGUACAAAUGUUGUGCAGGGCUGAUUGUACCUGAGAAAUUAAAGAAAUUGCUCCUCGCUGUAAACACGCUUGCAGUGAGUAAUGCUGACUGCUGCGAACAGGUCUUCAGCGUAAUGAACAACAUAAUCACGGAUACGCGGACUGCACUGACCACUCAGCAUGUGGCCAAUCUACUUUUUAUUUCAAUUGUCGGACCUCCCUACACAGAGUGGAAUCCUUCCGCGUAUGUUAAAUCAUGGCUGAGCAAAGGACGUCGGGCGGCCAGUUCAGCAGAGGGCAUGGCACGCCGAAAGCAAGCGAAGCCCCAGGAUCAGACUUACUACGCACCGCUGUGGAAGUGUCUUUGAUUUGCACAAUCUUCUUUGUCGUGUGAGCCGAAGGCUAUGUGGUUUCUUGGUUUGUCAUCACAGCUUUUCCUUGGUUAGGCAUUUUGCUUUUCACUCCAGCACGUCGGUGUUUUGUUUUUUUCACGUUGUCGCUCGUGAGAUCAGCUUACAUCCCAAAUACUUACACAGGUUACUGUACUGUCAUAUUUAAAAUUGCUCCCUAAUGUAAUUUUGAUUCCUUGUGCAUUUUGGCCACUUAAACAGACAUGCCAUUGAUAUCCACAUGGGAAUAUUUACAUGGAUUAAGUUAAUCACUUGUUCAAUUUUUGUUCUGGAUAAAGGCCUUAGUUAACAAGACAAUUCUUUCAAUAAUUGAUAUUUCAAUAGUUGCUUCUACCAAAGAAUCCUUAUUACCCCAGUUUUCCUGUAACAUUUUUACUUCUUUACACAUCCAGUGAUAAAUCUUUUCAUGGGAAUGCCUUAUUUCUUUAAUUCUCCCGAUCUGCUAACACUGAAGCACAUUUCUCUUCAAUUCUUUUUCUUAAUUAUUUAUAUUACGUUAGCACGUAAGACCCACACUAGGGGCUUUACAAACACCGAAGAAACAAAUAACUUUGCCCCAUAGAGCUUAGUUACGUCAUUGUGUACACGGAUCAUUUUUCUACAACAGUGUUUAUUUCUAAGUGGAAGUUGAUUUUCCUGACACUUUCUCUAUGUGAAGUAUUUUUGUUCAGACAUAUUUAUAAAGGUGUCCUUCAGUCUGACAAUUUUUCUCUAAGCCAAUAAAGAUUUUUUUUUUUUAAAUUUGA